AAAUGAGAGCAUGACCAGCAAACACAGCCACGAGCGCCACUCCUAUGAUUAUAUAGUUCUUUAUCAUUUCUUUUUACAUAAUCUCUGACAUGAUCGAAGGUCUUCUGUCCGAUAACAAUGUUGAUAUAAGCUUUUGGUCGUUUGAUGUGUCGACGCUUAGUGGGUACGUCCAAAUCAGCGAUGAGGACUUGUGGUAUGCCACCCAUCCACUCUCAUGCUGGCUGAGUGCUGAAAACUGAAUGUGGGCCGCUCUGCGGCUCCCACUACAGCUCCUGCCAUGGGGAAUACCGCCACCAAGUUUCGUAAAGCACUUAUCAGUGGAGACGAAGGCCUGGCCUGCCAGCUCUAUGAGAACAACCCUCAAUUUAAAGAGGCUCUGGAGCCCAAUGCAUCUUAUGGGGAGCCCUAUCAACACAACACACCCCUGCACUACGCCUCACGCCAUGCCAUGUCUCGCCUCAUCAGGUCUUUCCUUUUCUCCAAAGAUGGCAACCCCAACAAGUGCAACGUUCACAAUGAGACUGCGUUGCACCUGCUUUGCAUGGGCCCACAGAUCCUGCUGAGUGAGGGGGCACUGCAGCCGCGGAUCAGCCGCCCCCAGGAGGAUGAACAGAAGCGGGCUGAGUGCCUCCAGAUGAUCCUGCAGUGGACCGGAGCCAAGCUGGACCAGGGCGAGUAUGAGAGAGCCAACGUCAAUGCCACCGACAGCAAAAAGAGCACCUGCCUGCACUACGCGGCAGCGGCUGGCAUGAAGAACUGUGUCGAGUUGUUAGUGAAGAACAAUGCAGAUUUAUUCGUGGAGAACGAGGACAGGGAGACGCCGUGUGACUGUGCGGAGAAACGGCAUCACAAGGAACUGGCGCUCAGUCUGGAGUCUCAGAUGGUUUUCUCUCAGGAUGCCGGAGCUCAGGAGAUAGAAGCAGAGUAUGCCGCCCUUGACCGACGAGAGCCAUAUGAGGGAUUGAAACUGCAAGACCUGCGUCGGUUGAAAGACAUGUUGAUAGUGGAGACGGCGGAUAUGCUGCAGGCUCCUCUCUUCACGGCCGAGGCCCUGCUGCGAGCUCACGACUGGGACAGGGAAAAACUUCUAGAAGACUGGAUGUCUAAUGCAGAGGACUGCUGCCAGCGCUCAGGUGUUCAGAUGCCAACUCCCCCACCGAGUGGCUACAAUGCUUGGGAUACUCUGCCUUCACCUAGAACUCCCAGAACGACUCGCUCCUCUGUCACCUCCCCUGAUGAGAUCAGCCUGUCUCCUACUGAUGGCCUUGCCCUGUGUGGGAUUUGCAUGUGCACCAUAUCGGUGUUUGAGGACCCUGUGGAUAUGUCUUGUGGGCACGAGUUCUGCAGGGCAUGCUGGGAAGGGUUUUUGAAUCUGAAGAUCCAAGAAGGGGAAGCACAUAACAUCUUUUGCCCUGCUUAUGACUGCUUCCAGCUGGUUCCUGUGGAGGUCAUUGAAAGUGUUGUCUCCAGAGAGAUGGAUAAGCGCUACCUGCAGUUUGACAUUAAGGCUUUUGUGGAUAAUAAUCCUGCCAUUCGCUGGUGCCCCGUAGCCAGAUGUGAAAGAGCCGUACGACUGUCUAGGCCAGGCCCUGGAGCCUCUGACCCUCUGAGCUUCCCAUUGCUCAAAGCCCCUGCUGUAGACUGUGGCAAAGGCCAUCUCUUCUGCUGGGAGUGUCUUGGGGAUGCUCAUGAACCCUGUGACUGUGAGACAUGGAAGAUGUGGCUGCAGAAAGUGUCUGAAAUGAAGCCUGAAGAAUUGGCUGGUGUGAGUGAAGCCUAUGAAGAUGCUGCCAACUGCCUGUGGCUACUCAGCAACUCUAAACCUUGUGCCAACUGCAAAUCCCCCAUCCAGAAAAAUGAAGGCUGUAAUCACAUGCAGUGCGCGAAGUGCAAGUAUGAUUUCUGCUGGAUUUGUCUUGAGGAAUGGAAGAAACACAGCUCCUCUACUGGAGGAUACUAUCGCUGCACACGCUACGAGGUCAUCCAACAGGUGGAGGAACAGUCCAAGGAGAUGACUGUGGAGGUAGAAAAAAAGCACAAGAGUUUUCAGGAACUUGACCGUUUUAUGCAUUAUUACACACGAUACAAGAAUCAUGAGCACAGUUACCAGUUAGAAGAACGACUCCUGAAAACAGCCAAAGAAAAGAUGGAACAACUGAGCAAAGCUUUCAUUGGAAGGGAAGGAGCUCCACCUGACACCACCUUCAUUGAGGAUGGUGUGCAUGAACUUCUCAAGACCCGACGCAUCCUUAAGUGCUCUUAUCCGUAUAGUUUCUUCUUGGAGCCCAAAAGCACAAAGAAAGAAAUAUUUGAACUUAUGCAGACUGAUUUAGAGAUGGUCACCGAAGAUCUUGCUCAGAAGGUGAACAGGCCUUACCUCCGCACCCCUCGCCAUAAGAUCAUCAGUGCCACGUAUCUGGUGCAGCAGAAGAGACGGGAGUUCUUGGCCUCUGUGGCUCGAGGUGUCGCUCCAAAUGAUUCUCCCGAGGCUCCCCGCCACAGUUUUGCUGGUGGGACGUGGGACUGGGAGUAUCUGGGAUUUGCCUCUCCUGAGAUGGUGAGGAAUCACCCAGUACGGGGAUCAAAUGCACAGCGUGAGAGUAAUUACAAUCCAGGAGGCCAGCCGCAGGAAUACUCAGAGUUCCAGUACAGACGGAGACACAGGCAGCGGCGUAGAGGAGACCUACUCAGACUGCACAGCCUCCGCAGUAACACCCCUGAACCGCAUGACUCAAGUGACAACACUUCAGAAACACACGAGGGAGGCAGUACACAAAGACAUGGGAUCUCCAUGGCACUUGGGUCUCUGGAUGAGGAUGACCCCAAUAUUUUGUUGGCUAUUCAGCUGUCCCUACAGGAGUCCGGGCUGGCCUUGGACCCUGAGCCUCAGGAUGUGCUCAGUAACGAUGCCUCUGUAGGUGCCAGUGGUUCCUCUCUGCCCUCUAGACUGGAUUCUGCCCCCCAUACUGGGGAUCCCCCCCGAGCUUCCAUGAGCAGCUCUGAGCUUCUGGAGCUGGGAGACAGCCUUAUGAGACUGGGCAACAUUACCAUUUAA